AUGGGAGACAUGGGAGACCCUCCAAAAAAAAAGCGACUAAUUUCACUGUGUGUCGGCUGCGGAAAUCAAAUUCACGACCAAUAUAUACUGAGGGUAUCUCCAGACCUGGAAUGGCAUGCAGCCUGUCUCAAGUGUGCUGAAUGCAACCAAUAUUUAGACGAAACUUGCACGUGCUUUGUUAGGGAUGGCAAAACGUACUGUAAAAGGGACUAUAUCAGGUUGUAUGGGAUCAAGUGUGCCAAGUGCAAUAUCGGCUUCAGUAAGAAUGACUUUGUGAUGAGGGCCCGCUCCAAGGUCUAUCACAUCGAGUGUUUCCGCUGCGUGGCCUGCAGCCGCCAGCUCAUCCCCGGGGACGAAUUCGCUCUGCGGGAGGACGGCCUCUUCUGUCGGGCCGACCACGAUGUGGUGGAAAGGGCCAGCCUGGGGGCCGGGGACCCCCUCAGUCCGCUGCAUCCGGCCAGACCCCUGCAGAUGGCAGCAGAACCCAUUUCUGCCCGGCAGCCGGCCCUCAGGCCUCAUGUCCACAAGCAGCCCGAGAAGACCACCCGGGUCCGGACGGUGCUCAAUGAGAAGCAGCUUCACACCUUGCGGACCUGCUACGCCGCCAACCCCCCGACCGGACGCACUGAUGAAGGAGCAGCUGGUGGAGAUGACCGGUCUGAGUCCUCGGGUCAUCAGGGUCUGGUUCCAGAAUAAGAGGUGUAAAGACAAGAAGAGGAGCAUCAUGAUGAAACAAUUACAGCAACAGCAGCCCAACGACAAAACGAAUAUUCAAGGGAUGACAGGGACCCCUAUGGUGGCUUCCAGUCCCGAAAGACAUGACGGUGGUUUGCAGGCUAACCCAGUAGAGGUGCAGAGCUACCAACCCCCAUGGAAGGUCCUCAGUGACUUUGCCUUGCAGAGUGACAUUGAUCAGCCGGCAUUCCAACAACUGGCCUGUUUCUCACAGGUUAAUUUUUCAGAAGGGGGACCAGGCUCCAACUCCACCGGAAGUGAGGUGGCCUCCAUGUCUUCUCAACUCCCAGAUACUCCAAACAGCAUGGUAGCCAGCCCCAUCGAAGCAUGA